GAGUAUGAGGUAUAUCGAUCAAAGAGGAAAGUAGAGCUCUUCUUUAUGUAUUAAGCCUCGCAAACUUGGAGAUUAUUAAAGAGACGACAACGUUACAAUGAGCAAUGCAGAGGAUGAGGAGGAAACGGUAAAAUUGGCAACCGAACUAUUUUACUCUUGUAACCCGACGCUGGAUGAGCAAGAUGGCACCUUAUAUCUGCCCAUCAAUGAUUUGUCCAAGAUCCAAGCAUCGCGAUUGGGGUCGUCCGGGGAACUGAAUUUAGAGGAACUGGUGAAUACCUUUUGGUUGCUGGAUGUUAAUGGAGAUGGGAAGUUGACCCUAGAAGAAUUUAUUGCUGGAUUUAGUCAGUUUUGGAAAAACAUGGAAAAUAUACAGCCGCCGAAGACGAUGCAACAUAGGAAAUCAAUGGAGGUAAAAGCUAAAACUGAAGAGAUGAUCAAUGAAAUGGCAAAGGCACGAAGAAAUAGCGCCGCCUCAUUGAAGACUUUGCGAGAUCUACUAACCAGCAACUUUUACCAGUCUAUUGCAGAGGGAAUGCCUCCAGUGGCCGUGGAAUUUCGAUCGUUGAUUAAUCAGGCAUCCGGCGAAAUGGACGAAAUUCAAAAGCAAAUGAAAAUGCUGGAAGGCAAACUGGAGAGCUCCUCGGACACGUAUCGCAAGUCAAUGGAACAGGCGUAUGCUGAGUUGGAUAUAAAGUUAAGACAGCUUGGAGACACAUUUAAUGAGAGGAUGACUCAGCGCUUCAGCCAACUAAGGGCAGAAUAUGAACAAACCCGGCAGGAAAAAGCAGACCAAAUGGAAGAGAUGAAGGCCAAAAUUGUUGAGCUAAACAAGCUGUCAGAUACGGCUCGUCAGGACAACCAAGAGGAGGAAAAGCAAAUUAGUGAGUUACGCAACCAAAAUGACGGACUAAUGGGGUCACUGGAGGAAUUGGAGCAAUGCAUAGAGGAGAGUAAAGAAGAAAUCGAGCAAUUGCAAGCAACCUCAAAACAAGAGAACGCAAAACGGGAGAGGCUGGAUGCGUCUACCUGCAAACGGGUGCAGAUCGAGUGUGAGGAGCUGAUACACAAGUUGACGGAGCUGAGAGAAAUAAAUCGGCGCCUGAGAGACGAAAGAGAUGAAGCACUGCAGGAACGAUUAAACGAGCCAAUGGUUCUUAGCAGCCUAAUGGACGAAGUGAACGAAGCGUUUGGACAGAAGACUAUUUCCCGGGACGCAGCUGAAACGGCUAGCGGUGCGGACUCCUUGAAGUUCCAUUCCCGGUGGACUAUACCGAAUGAAAAUCAUAGUCCUCAAAACCAAGGCGUCGUCGGGGUUUGUCCUAGUCUCACAGACUUACAGUCCGAUGAAGAGUAUGAAUUCGAACAGCCAUGGGAUGACUCAUUGAGGGUCGUGCGCUUAGGCACAUCUCCACACACAAGUGAAGAGACAAAAGCGGCCGAAAUGUACAGCAUGGGGCUAACGCAAGAACCAAAAAUCCAACACAAGCAGAACCUCGAUGCCAUUAUUCAACAGCCCUUUCCCAAGUCGGUUACGCGUCUCAGUGCAUUUAAAGUAAUUAUUGUUGGUCAUGGCAAGGUGGGUAAAACCGCGUUUGUCGAGUGUGCAUGCCGUAUGUUCAACUCCAACGUUAAACAAGAUUUCGGACAAGUCUCUGUGUGGAUAUGUCAAGUUCCUUUGGAUGGCCAAAUCACUGUGUUGAGCUUAUUGGACACACCCGGAAGGGAGAAUUAUGCCCCAGGAGUUCGAAAUCUAUACCAUGGUGCAGACGGAAUUGUAUUUAUGUUUGACAUAAAUUCAAUGAAGGAUUUCAACGAUUUGACGGAAGAGCUUCGUCGACAUGUCAAAAAGACAAAAAAAGGUCGGUUGCCAUGGGAUAAUACCGUUAAUCUCCUGAUUGGAAACAAGUGUGAUGCAGCGCAGAGCUUGGGUGGCGAAGGGACAUUUCUCACCGUCCCUAGAACUUCAACUGAAGCUCUAACAAGACUUCUCAAUGCCACGUAUUUCGAAGUCAGUUCCGUGUCGGGACAAAAUGUGCAAUUGGCAGUUGAAGAACUAGUUAGGCAAGCUUUUGAGGAAUUCUCAAGAAACUGCGCUGGAGAUAAAUCCAGAGUUGGUUGCGGAACAAGAAGGACGCUGCAAUUGCAAAUGUUUCUCCUGUUGUUAAUCGCAUUUAUCUUUUUCUGAGAUGCUGGCCAGUAUUGUUAGGAUAAAAGGCUUUACAGCUUCCUUGCUUAAACGAGCUGACGUGUUAUUCUAUUUAAUGCGAGACUGGCCCAUGUAUAUUUCAAAAGACCAAGUCACAGAUACAAAAUGUAUUAUGUUAUUUCCCUGGAAAUCUGUAAUUACAUGAUAACUUUCUUUGG